AUGACGACAAGAUCCGAGAAUUCGAACAUCCCGAACUCGACUUGUCAGACUAUUCCACAACCAAAACCUACUAUUCACCUCCCGCCUCUAGAGUUAUCGUUUUUUGGGAUUGAACAAGAUGAUGACUACUUAGAGGAGUGGGAGUACUACUUCGAUCGUGGGGACAUGGUAUCAGGAUUAGCUGUUGUGUGGAUUAACGAGAGAACAAGGGAUUAUGUAGUCGCUUGGGCUUGCAAACGAAACUUCUUGUUCAUGUUCAAGAAAGGCGAUGAAGCAUGGCGAAAGAAUCUUCAAGGCACAAAGUGUAAAGAUGUGGCGUUUAAGGAUAACAAGCUUUAUGUGUUUACUCUUGAUAACUACAUCAAGAUUCUUGAUUUCUCUGGAGAUUUCCCGAGAGAGUCCCUCGAAAACCCGUAUCUUAAUCAUCGGUUCACCUUCGAGAUGGCACGAACAGAAAGCAUUUGGAAAAGGAGAUUACUGGUCACGAACAAGGGAGAGGUUAUGGUCAUUCAGAGCUCUAAAGUGUGCAAAGAAAAGUAUGUGUUUCAAAUCUUUAAGAUGGAUUUUGAGAGUGGGAAAUGGGAAAGAGUAGACUCUCUUGGAGAUGAGAUGUUGAUUUUUGGUCAUGGAGUCACUGUAAGAACAUCUGUCGAUGAUGGUGGUUCCAUCUUUUUCGUUGGAGAUGAUCUUUGGCUAGAUCAAAAACAUUGCGGUGUGUUCCAUCUUGCGACAAGUACAGUCACAUGGUCUGAACAAAUAGGUGAUGCUUACUCGGAGAUUCCGCGGUGGUUUUUUCCUGGAUAUGCUUAA